ACCCAUUUUUACUUUGUAUUCCUCCAGAAAUCGGCCCUUUCCACAUCCAAACAACAGUACAGUACGAUACUACUCCUCCAAUAGCCUUUCUGUCCUUUUCACACGACGAUCCAACACAGCUAGCUAUGGCAUCUCUCCAGUCCCACCUUCAGAGACAGUUACUUGUAUCGCUCUUUUGCAUUCUCCUGCUCAACAUAUCGACCAUCUCAGCACUGGCUCUACAUCCCCGCAACAGCACAACAACAUCAGGGGAAGAAGGAGCCAUGCCACUUAUCGCCGCAGACGCAGAAACUUCAGCCCAGAGCGCAAAAGGAGGCCCACCAAGCAACGGAGCUGUUGCCGGAGUGACGAUUGGAGUUGUCGGUGGAAUCCUGGCAUUGAUUGGAUUAUUCUACGUGCUUGACCUGAAGCUGAAGGGGCUGCUAAGAGACAGAGGGUUGACGCGGAGGUGAAGAGAGGCUAUAGAGCGAGGAAUGGAUGAUGGUGGAAGACAGCAAACAAAGAAAGGUCGGGACUUCUGCUAUUUAGGGUCAGAGGAAGUCCACCUGAG